CACCUGCUGCGCAGCAGAGCAGCACUGCACCGUCCAUGUUUGGGUUCAAUAUGGAGUCUAUAGCUUUCUGCUCUUUAAUUGGGACUCUGCUGUCAAACUGAGCGAAGCCAACUAGCAUCCCCCAUGGCCAGUCUGGACCGAAACAACAAAAUGCUGCUCGAUUUGGUGCGACAGCCCGGUAACAGCACGUGUGCUGACUGUGGAAUUCCUGAGCCUGACUGGGCCUCCUACACUAUUGGUAUCUUUGUGUGCCUGAAUUGCUCGGGGAUUCAUCGCAACUUGUCUGAUAUCAGCAAAGUGAAAUCCAUACGUCUGGAUUUCUGGGACGAUUCACUCGUUCAGUUCAUGCGUGAGAGGGGAAAUUCUGCAGCCAAGGCCAUUUAUGAGAAGUGUGUCCCGGCCUUCUUCUAUCGGCCGCAACAUAAAGACUGUGUGGUUCUUAAGGAUCAAUGGAUCCGUGCAAAGUAUGAAAGAAGAGAAUUCACAGGAGAAAACUACCCACAACAAGCUUAUUGCUCAGACCAGUUUGAGUCCACACUAUGGAAGAAGGGCAAAGACAACAAACAGUUUUUAAAGAGGAUCUUCCUGCUGUCCCGGAAAGACUUCACCCUCAGAUACUUUAUAAAAGAGGAUUCCAAGCUUCCCAAAGCCGUCAUCUCCAUGAAGGACUUCAAUGCAGUCUUCCAGCCGGAGAAGAUCUGCCACGCGCACGGUCUGCAGAUCUCCUACAUGCACGACAAACGCACAAGGAAUCUGUUCGUUUAUCACGAAAAUGGACAGGUAAUUGUGUCCUUGUUCAACGCUCUUCGGGCGACACGUCUGGCGUACCUCCAGAAGAAGCAUCCCACUCUUCGAGACAAUGACUUAGUGCCUCAGAUAACGGGACAUUGCCUGAAGGAGGGGUACAUGGAAAAACUGGCCCAACGGUUCCGGGAGUCAUUCAAGAAGAGGUGGUUCACGCUGUGCUCGAUGAACAGAAAGCUUCUUUAUUUUAAAAAUCCACUGGAUGCUUCUGAGUUGGGGGCCGUCUUCAUCGGCACGGAGAGCCAUAGCUACUCCGCUUCAGAGAGCAGCGGGCGGAGCACGAGAGGAGGCCGCUGGCGCUGCGGCGUCACGCUGCACACGCCGGAGAGGGAGUUUGUCUUCAUGUGCGAGCAGGAGCAGGAGCAGAAGGAGUGGUUGGAGGCCUUCAGGAAGGUCAUCUCUCAACCUAUGACAUCAGAGGACUACGCUAACGAAGCCACCAUGAAAAGGAAGAAAUGACUGGAGCAGUUGUACCUGUUGGAUUGCAGAAGUUCAAGAUGCAAGAAGUCUUCAUUUAUGGACAUAACAGAGAGAAAGCUUUUGCUUCCAAAAGAUAAUCCUGAACCAGAGUCAGUGAUGGAAAAAUAUAAAGUUGGAGUAACACUCACUUUUACGGACACAGCAGUUCGACACCACUGACACCACUUUGCACAGACUGAUUCCACCUUGCGUGACCUUGUGACCUCUUGAGAAGCUGCUGCUCAGAGGCUUGAGUUGAUUGCAUUGUUGUUGCCAAAAUAACAUCACAUCAAACUCUUUGCAAAACUUUUUGAAUACACUGGAAGCAAAUAUUGUAUUCAUUUUAAAAACAAUGUGAGAGUAAGUUUUAAUGAACAAUCUGCAAUUGUUCUGUAGUUAUUUUGUAUUUUAUAUUUCACUUAGUUUGCACAUUUUGAAAAGAUACAUUUCUUUUUUUCACACACCGUUUGAUUUUAAUUGUCUACUACGUUUCGUGAACGCUUUUAAUAAUGUAUAAUACAUUCUAUAGAGAAUUGAUUCUUGCUUUUUCUAUUCUUAAGACCUGUGUUUAUAGUGUGGUGAUGUGGUGCAAUUAUGUAAAUAAAUGUGUGCUACGUCACA